AUGGCUGCUCGCGUGAACUCUCAAAUAUCUCAGCCACUCAUUUUACCAAUCAAAGAGAACCAAAAAUGGAAAAUCUGCCACGAUAAAACCCUUACUGGAAGAAAAAAAAAUCAUUGGCACAUUCAUUCUGUUCUCGCUACUUUUCCAAAUUCCUUUCUCUUUCGUCAAAUAUUCACAACGUGUUUACCUGUCAGAUUGAAGUUAUUGGAAAAAAACUCACUCUCCUCCCACCUCCUCCUCUCUCUCCCCUCCUCUCUCUCUCUCCACCUCCCCUCUCUCUCUCUCCCCCCUCUCUCUCUCUCUCUCUCUCCCCACCUCUCUCUCUCUCUCUCUCCCCCUCUCUCUUUCCCCUCUCUCUCUCUCUCUCUCUCCCUUCCCCUCUCUCUUUUCUCUCUCCCCCCUCUCUCUCUCCUUCCCCCCCCUCUCUCCCCUUCCCCCUCUCUCUCUCCCUUCCCCCCUCUCUCUCUUUCCCCUCCCCUCUCUCCCCCCUCUCUCUCCUUCCCCCUCUCUCUCUCCUUUUCCCUCCCCCUCUCUCUCUCUCCCCCCCCCCUCUCUCUCUUUCCUCCCCCCUCUCUCUCUCCCUUCCCCCCCUCUCUCCCCUCCCCCUCUCUCUCUCUCCCCCCUCUCUCUCUCUUCAUAUAUAUCUAUAUAUAUAUAUAUAUAUAUAUAUAUAUAUAUAUAUAUAUAUAUAUAUAUAUCUGCCAAUUGAUAGUGUAUAAUGCACCAAAGAGCAUCAUGCGAUGCACGUUGAGACUUGUAGAGAUUAUAGGAUUGAAAGUAGAAUGCUAUUUAUUUACUAAAACAUUUCUCUUUCUCUCUCUCUCUCUCUCUCUCUCUCUCUCUCUCUCUCUCUCUCUCUCUCUCUCUCUUUCCCUUUCUCCCUCGCCUUCUCUGUUUCUUUUCUUUUUUCUCUAUCUAUCAAUCAAUCAAUAG